GCCACCAUGCACGUGAAGAAGUACCUCCUCAAGUGCCUGCACCGGCUGCAGAAGGGCCCCGGCUACACCUACAAGGAGCUGCUGGUGUGGUACUGCAACAACACCAACACCCACGGCCCCAAGCGUGUCAUCUGCGAGGGGCCCAAGAAGAAGGCCAUGUGGUUUGUGCUCACCCUGCUCUUCACCUCCCUCGUCUGCUGGCAGUGGGGCGUCUUUAUCAAGACCUACCUGAGCUGGAAGGUCAGCGUCUCCCUCUCCAUUGGCUUCAAGAACAUGGACUUCCCUGCUGUCACCAUCUGCAAUGCCAGCCCCUUCCAAUAUUCCAAAGUCAAGCAUUUGCUGAAGGACCUGGACGAACUGAUGGAGGUGGUCCUGGAGAGGAUUCUGGCUCCCGAGCCAAGCCAUGCCAAUGUCACCAAAGCCCUGAACUUCACUAUCUGGAACCACACGCCCCUGGUCCUCAUUGAUGAGCGGGACCCCAGUCACCCAGUGGUCCUCGACCUCUUUGGGGAGGACUACAACGGCUCGGCAAGCAGCAGCCCAGCGCCAGGAAGGAGCUGCAAUGCCCAGGGGUGCAAAGUGGCCAUGAGACUAUGCAGCUUCAACGGGACUGUGUGCACCUACCAGAACUUCACAAGUGCCACCCAGGCUGUGACGGAGUGGUACGUCCUGCAGGCCACCAACAUCUUCUCCCAGGUGCCAAGAAAGGAGCUGAUGAAGAUGGGCUACCCGGCUGAGCGGCUGAUCCUGGCCUGCCUGUUCGGGGCUGAGCCCUGCAGCUACAGGAACUUCACAUCCAUCUUCUACCCCGAUUACGGCAACUGUUACAUCUUCAACUGGGGCAUGACAGACAAGAUCCUCCCUUCCGCCAACCCUGGUGCUGAGUUUGGCCUGAAGCUGAUCCUGGACAUAGGCCAGGAAGACUACGUGCCCUUCCUCACAUCGACAGCGGGGGCCCGGCUGAUGCUGCACGAGCAGAAGUCCUACCCCUUCAUCAAGGACGAGGGCAUCUACGCUAUGGCGGGGACGGAGACAUCCAUUGGGGUGCUAGUGGACAAGCUGGAACGCAAGGGCAGGCCCUACAGCCAGUGCACCAUGAACGGCUCCGACGUCCCCAUCCAGAACCUCUACAGUGGCUACAACACCACCUACUCCAUCCAGGCCUGUCUUCGCUCCUGUUUCCAAGACCACAUGAUCCAAAACUGCAGCUGUGGCCACUACCUGUACCCACUGCCCCACGGGGAAAAAUACUGCAACAACCAGGACUUUCCAGACUGGGCCUACUGCUACUCAGCUCUGCAGAGGAGUGUGGACCAGAGGGAGGCCUGCAUCAGCCAGUGCAGCGAGUCCUGCAAUGACACCAAGUACAAGAUGACCAUCUCAAUGGCCGAGUGGCCUUCUGAGUCCUCGGAGGACUGGAUUUUCCAUGUGUUGUCCCAGGAGCGAGACCAAAGUGCCAAUAUCACUGUAAGCAGGAAGGGAAUUGUCAAGCUCAACAUCUACUUCCAAGAGUUCAACUAUCGUACCAUCCAGGAGUCACCAGCUAACAACAUCGUCUGGCUGCUGUCCAACCUGGGUGGCCAGUUUGGCUUCUGGAUGGGGGGCUCGGUGCUGUGCCUCAUCGAGUUUGGGGAGAUCAUCAUUGACUUCAUGUGGAUCACCAUCAUCAAGCUGGUGGCCUUCUCCAAGAGCCUGCGACAGAGGCGGGCCCGCAUGCGCUAUGCUGGCCCACCGCCCACCGUGGCCGAGCUGGUGGAGGCCCACACCAACUUCAGCUUCCAGCCCGACGUGGCCGACCGCGGUCCCGACACCAAGCCCUAUGCCGAGCAGACCCUGCCUAUCCCGGGCACCCCACCCCCGAACUACGACUCCCUGCGCCUGCAGCCGCUGGACGUUAUCGAGUCUGACAGUGAGGGUGAUGUCAUCUAG